GUUGAAUUUGUUGAUGCUUCACUGCAGUUCUUAGAAUAUCAGAAAUAGAAAGAGAAAGCGUUUGUAGAAAUUGAUACAUAAGUGUAGCACGUGGAGACGGUUGUGAAGCCUACAAAUAAUGGCGCUCUUUUCUGAUUAUUCCAUGGGUCCUUAUGUGGCUUCCAGUUUAGCGAAAUGGUUUCAUUCUGCUCCACAUGAAGACCUAGAUCUCUCGGAUACAACGACCAUAUUUUCUCCGGGUGAAAAAUCGUACAGAGAGGCGCUUUUUGUCAUUGCACUAUUCAUAGCAUGUUUUGGUGCAUUGAUUUUCCUUUUGAUGGUGGCUUACUACAUUUGCUGUUUCCGUGUCUGCAUCUCAAGAAAGACAAGAAGGCAAAAUGAGUCUUUCUGCUGCUCAAAACCUGCUCUACAGUUUCAAGUCUUUAUUUUUGGGCUUAUUUGCAGUGCUGCUAUUGUCUGUGGAUUUUGGUUCAAUGGAAAGACCAGUGAUGGCGUUGACCAAUUUAGAAAUUCUGUUGAUGAUUUGCAAAGUGAUAUCUCUACUGCUGCCAACCAAGGAGACAAGAUGUUAGGUACUAUCAGUCGCACUCUUAAUUAUAUAUAUGACCUGGAGAAUUAUGAUUAUCAAGUUGCUGUGACAGCUUACAAUAACUGUACAAUCUUGCAAGAAGAUCUUCUAUAUGUCAAUCAACUGUUACCUGUCGAUGUUAUGCAUGCAAGCAGUGAUGUUGGCAAGAAAGUUCACCAUUUUGAUAAUAUUAGAUGGUUGAUAACAGUGGUGUUGUUGUCUUGGUCUAUACUUCUUUGUAUCUUCUUAUUUUGGCUUAGUUGUCAAGUCAACGGUUGCAUUAUUUUCUUGGCAUCAAUAUUUUGUCUUUUGUCUGUUCUGUUGAUGUGGACUGCGACUGGUGCAAAUGUUGGCAUAGCAACGGGAGCAGGUGAUUUUUGUGUUCAUCCAAAGGAAUCUGUUGAAACAAUCAGUGGAGCCAACAAAUUGGUCGUCUCCUACUACAUGGACUGCAGUGGUGCGUUCGAUCCAUUUGACGGGAACUUGAGUGAUGUCAAGAACAGUUUACAUAACGUGAUCAACUUGAUUAAAAAAAUUCCUGAUUCGCCUUCUUAUGUACAGGAACGUAAAAUGGCCAUUUUGAGUAAUCUUUUUGUUGUAUCGAAGACUCUCAUUCUAUAUGAAGCUCGUUUUACUUGCUUGAGGAUUCAUCAGAAAUACAUGAACGCGAUGGAAGGCAUCUGUGAGAAAUCUUUAAACAGCCUUGGUUUUGUAAUAAUUUGUCUUGUUGUUCUUGCGUUUGUAUCUGGUCUGUUGACGUGUUGUACUUGCUCCUUGUGUGAUCAUCGUAAAGACCGUCCCGUCAUGUUCAGAGAUAUACAAGAGUCACCUGAUAUAUCACGUGAUACCGUGGGAAAUGCUGUUUUGUGGUUGCCCCAUGAUGUCGAUCAUGAAUCCCAUCAAUCAUUUUAUGACCGCCAUGAUGAGCCGACUGAAAGAACACCUUUGUUAUAUCCACAGCUUUAUCCACAUUUACACCAAGAGGAGAAUCCACCUCGACAGUUUCAACCUCAACAGCCUCAACCACAACAGCCUCAACCACAACAUAACGUCAAUGUGAUACACGUGAACUAUCAUGGUGGACCCCCUGCAAAUUAUGGUGACGUUGAACGCCAAAACAGUUCUUAGAAUAUUUUUUUAUAAACUGCGAUACUUAAAGUUAGUUUUGUUUAGAGACAAUUGUUUUUGAGAUAAUACUAAGAAAUCUUAUAACUGCGAUGAAAUUAAAAAACAAACAAGGGGCUUGGUUAUAGCUAAGAAGAUA